AAAAACUUGGAAUCCAAAACAGUUUGAUUUUUUUUAUUUACCAUAAACGAUAUUCUGUCAUUUCUUUUCUCUUCUGUCAACUGUUGUGUUAGACGGGUUAUCAAAAAUGGCCAAACGCACGAAAAAGGUUGGAAUCACUGGCAAAUAUGGCACACGUUAUGGUGCCUCCCUUCGUAAGAUGGUCAAGAAGAUGGAAGUGACACAGCACGCUAAAUACACUUGCUCCUUCUGUGGAAAGGAUGCCAUGAAGCGUUCCUGCGUUGGUAUCUGGUCCUGCAAGCGCUGCAAGAGGACCGUAGCUGGAGGCGCCUGGGUGUUCUCCACUACCGCCGCCUCCUCCUGCCGAUCUGCUGUGCGAAGAUUGCGCGAAGUCAAGUAAACAGAUACUAGCAUAAGCCAAUAAAAGAAAAUCUAAAUUCA